AUGGCUCACCAUCUAAAUUCUUUUCUUGUAAACGUGGUCUCAACCAAUUGUUCUGUUCUUGUCAAUGGCUCACCAUCUAAAUUCUUUUCUUGUAAACGUGGUCUCAAACAAGUUGAUCCUCUUUCUCCAAUGUUAUUCAAUGUUGCUGUUGAUGUCUUGCAUAAAAUGAUCAUGAAUAAUGUUGAAGAGGGUCUUUUAUCGCCUCUUGGACUUCGGGAACCUCUCAACCAUUUAAGAAUACUUCAAUUUGCCGAUGACACACUUCUCUUUGUUAGAAGCUCUUCAAAGGAUAUCUCCAUUCUUAAAGCUAUUCUUUAUCUCUUUGAGGACAUUUCUGGCUUGAGCAUUAAUUAUUCAAAAUCAUCUCUUAUAUACUUUGGAAGGUCUUCUUAUAAAGCACAUAAUCUUGCUUCUUCUCUGGAUUGUAAAGUUGAACAUUUACCUAUCAAAUAUCUUGGCCUACCUCUCAAAUAUGGCAAACUUUCAAAAUCAGACUGGCAACCCUUGUUGGAUAAUCUCUUUAGAAAGUUAGCAUCCUGGAAGAAAAACACUUUGUCUUAUGGAGGAAGGCUAACUCUUCUGAAUUCAGUUCUCACAUCAGUCCCUCUGUAUUUUUUUUAUCUUUCUAUAAGCUACCAAAAUGGCUUGUCAAAAACAAAAACCAUCAAAUGUCUAGUAAAUUGGAAAAAGGUUUGUUUAAGUAAAGAAGAGGGCGGUUUAGGUGUCAAGGACAUUAACUUGUUCAAUGACUCCUUAUUAUCUAAAUGGUUAUGGAAAUAUCUUGAUAAAAACUCAUCAACAGGUCUCUUUAUCCGCAAACUAUAUGGCAUUGAGGGUUCUUUGUUGCAAUCCAGGAAAUACAAUGCAUCAAAUUCACAUUUUUGGAAUGCUGUUUUAUCCUUCAAGGAUGCUUUUCUCCAUAAUGUCAAGUGGUCAAUUGGCUCUGGAGAUAAUGUCAGAUUCUGGAAAGAUAAGUGGAUAGGGUAUAAUACCCUUGCUAGUAUUUUUCCUGAAUCCUAUAGAUUAGCCCUCUCCUCUAAUGUCUCUGUCAAAAGUCAAGGAAAUUUCUAUGAUAAUAAAUGGCAAUGGCACUUGUUGAUGAGAAGAAAAAGUUUAGUUUCUCUUUACUACAUAUAUGGCUGGCUUUUGUUCUUUCCUAUAUCUGUGUCUACGGUGAAUGACGGCAAGGCCCUCUCUUCACCUUUAUGGCUGGCUUUUGUUCUUUCCUAUAUCUGUGUCUACGGUGAAUGA